GAGGAGCGAAGCAAGGAAAAGAGGAAGUAGCGAGACAGGAAGAAAGAUGAAGCCAGUGCCGGGGGGGCCCGCCAGAGGGUGGCGGACGGUGGAGCAAGGAGGAUUUGGCUUCUUUUUCGCCCUCCGGGCGUGAACGCUGCCUCCUGCGCGACCCCAAGGAAAUAAGUGGGUCUCGCCUGGGCAGAAAAGGAAAAGAAAAGAAUCCAAGUGGGCGCGUUGCCUCCUGGGUCGCGUUGACCCCCUAGGAACUCCGGCGGCUUUCCAGCCCAGCCGCGGGACCGGACGCAGUGCCCCAGCCGCCCUGCAGAUGGGGAGAGCAGGGAACCCGCGCCCAAGCCUCGGGUGACCGCCGCCGGCCCGCCCGCCUGCACGGCUCCGCGCAGGGACCGGGCGGGCGGAGGAUGCGAGGCGGAGGCACCCGGGUGCGCUAGGCUCCAACUUGGAUGGCUCGGAGACCGCUUCGGCGCCUGGGAGCGCUCCGCAGCGUAGAGUGAGCUGCCGGCGGGACCUGGGGGCGGAGACCUUAGGUAGCGGCUGGAGGGGGGGCGAGCCGGGCGCAGGAGGGGGCGCGCUUUCUCCCUGCGGGUCUUAGUAAUGAGGAGACUGAGUUUGUGGUGGCUGCUGAGCAGGGUCUGUCUGCUGCUGCCGCCGCCCUGCGCUCUGGUGCUGGCCGGGGUGCCCGGCUCCUCCUCGCACCCGCAGCCCUGCCAGAUCCUCAAGCGCAUAGGGCACGCGGUGAGGGUGGGCGCGGUGCACUUGCAGCCCUGGACCACGGCCCCCCGCGUCGCCAGCCGCGCUCCGGACGGCAGCCGGGCAGGAGCCCAGAGGCAUGAGCCCGAGCCAGGGACUUGGCGACCCCCGGCGCCUUCGCCGGGCGCACGUUGGUUGGGGAGCGCCCUGCAUGGCCGGGGCCCGCCGCGCGCCCGGAAGCCCGGGGAGGGCGCCGGAGCCGAGACCCUGUGGCCUCGGGACGCCCUUCUCUUCGCCGUGGACAACCUGAACCGCGUGGAAGGUCUGCUGCCCUACAAUCUGUCUUUGGAAGUCGUGAUGGCCAUCGAGGCGGGCCUGGGCGAUCUGCCGCUCCUGCCUUUCUCCUCCCCAAGCUCUCCGUGGAGCAGUGACCCUUUCUCCUUUCUGCAGAGCGUGUGCCACACCGUGGUGGUGCAAGGGGUGUCGGCGCUGCUCGCCUUCCCCCAGAGCCAGGGUGAGAUGAUGGAGCUCGACUUGGUCAGCUCCGUCCUGCACAUUCCGGUGAUCAGCAUCGUGCGCCACGAGUUUCCGCGGGAGAGUCAGAAUCCCCUUCACCUACAACUGAGUUUAGAAAAUUCAUUAAGUUCUGAUGCUGAUGUCACUGUCUCAAUCCUGACCAUGAACAACUGGUACAAUUUUAGCUUGUUGCUGUGCCAGGAAGACUGGAACAUCACCGACUUCCUCCUCCUUACCCAGAAAAAUUCCAAGUUUCACCUUGGGUCUAUCAUCAACAUCACCACCAACCUCUCCUCCACCGACGACCUCUUAAGCUUCCUGCAGGUCCAGCUUGAGAGUAUUAAGAACAGUACGCCCACCAUGGUGAUGUUUGGCUGUGACAUGGAGAGUAUCCGGCGGAUUUUCGAAAUUACCACCCAGUUUGGAGUAACCCCCACUGAGCUUCACUGGGUGCUGGGGGAUUCCCAGAACGUCGAGGAACUGAGGACAGAAGGUUUGCCCCUCGGGCUCAUUGCUCAUGGAAAAACAACUCAGUCCAUCUUCGAGUACUAUGUACAGGAUGCCAUGGAACUGGUCGCAAGAGCUGUAGCCACGGCCACCAUGAUCCAGCCAGAACUCGCGCUUAUCCCCAGCACCAUGAACUGCAUGGAGGUGGAAACCACAAAUCUCACUUCAGGACAAUAUUUAUCAAGGUUUCUAGCCAACACCACUUUCAGAGGCCUCAGUGGUUCCAUCAGGGUAAAAGGUUCUACAAUCAUCAGCUCAGAAAACAACUUUUUCAUCUGGAAUCUGCAACAUGACCCCAUGGGAAAGCCAAUGUGGACACGUUUGGGCAGAUGGCAAGGGGGCAAGAUUGUCAUGGACUAUGGAAUAUGGCCAGAGCAGGCCCAGAGGCACAAAACCCAUUUCCAAUACCCAAGUAAACUACAUUUGAGAGUGGUUACCCUGAUUGAACAUCCAUUUGUCUUCACGCGGGAGGUAGAUGAUGAAGGCUUGUGCCCUGCUGGCCAACUCUGUCUAAACCCCAUGACUAAUGACUCCUCUGUCUUGGACAGCCUUUUUAACAGCCUCCAUAGCAGUAAUGAUACAGUGCCCAUCAAAUUCAAGAAGUGCUGCUAUGGAUAUUGCAUUGAUCUGCUGGAAAAGCUAGCAGAAGACAUGAACUUUGACUUUGACCUCUAUAUUGUUGGGGAUGGUAAGUACGGAGCCUGGAAAAAUGGGCAUUGGACUGGGCUGGUGGGUGAUCUCCUGAGUGGGUCAGCCCACCUGGCAGUCACUUCCUUCAGCAUCAAUACUGCUCGAAGCCAAGUGAUAGAUUUCACCAGUCCUUUCUUUUCCACCAGCUUGGGCAUCUUAGUGAGGACCCGAGACACAGCAGCUCCCAUUGGAGCCUUCAUGUGGCCACUCCACUGGACAAUGUGGCUGGGGAUUUUUGUGGCUCUGCACAUCACUGCCAUCUUCCUCACUCUGUAUGAAUGGAAGAGUCCCUUUGGUAUGACUCCCAAGGGGCGGAAUAGAAGUAAAGUCUUUUCCUUCUCUUCAGCCUUGAAUGUCUGUUAUGCCCUGUUGUUUGGUAGAACAGCAGCCAUCAAACCCCCCAAAUGCUGGACUGGCAGGUUUCUAAUGAACCUUUGGGCCAUUUUCUGUAUGUUUUGCCUUUCUACAUACACGGCAAACUUGGCUGCUGUCAUGGUUGGUGAGAAGAUCUAUGAAGAGCUCUCUGGAAUACAUGAUCCUAAGCUGCAUCAUCCCUCUCAAGGCUUCCGCUUUGGAACUGUCCGGGAAAGCAGUGCUGAAGAUUAUGUGAGGCAAAGCUUCCCGGAGAUGCAUGAGUAUAUGAGAAGGUACAAUGUACCAGCCACCCCUGACGGAGUGGAGUAUCUGAAGAAUGAUCCAGAGAAACUAGACGCCUUCAUCAUGGACAAGGCCCUCCUGGAUUAUGAAGUGUCAAUAGACGCUGACUGCAAACUUCUAACCGUGGGGAAGCCAUUUGCUAUAGAAGGGUAUGGCAUUGGUCUCCCGCCCAACUCUCCACUGACCUCCAAUAUAUCCGAGCUGAUCAGUCAGUAUAAGUCCCAUGGGUUUAUGGAUGUGUUGCAUGACAAGUGGUACAAGGUGGUUCCCUGUGGAAAGAGAAGCUUUGCUGUCACGGAGACUUUGCAAAUGGGCAUCAAACACUUCUCUGGACUCUUCGUGCUUCUAUGCGUGGGCUUUGGUCUGUCCAUGCUGACCGCCAUCGGGGAGCACGUCGUGUACAGACUGCUGCUCCCGCGCAUCAAGAACAGGUCGCGGCUGCACUACUGGCUCCACACCAGCCAGGUGAGUGCCGGCCACCUCGGGAUGAACCCUCAGCCUUGCCGCCGAUGCCGCAGGCCAGAGCCCCACGGCACACAGAGGUUACAUAGAGCACUAAACACAUCGUUUGUAGAGGAAAAGCAGCAGCGUUUCAAGACUAAACGUGUGGAAAAGAGGUCCAGUGUGGGACCCCGUCAGCUCACGGUGUGGAAUACUUCCAGUCUGAGUCAGGAUAACCGACGAAAAUACAUCUUUAGUGAUGAGGGAGGACAGAACCAGCUGAGCAUCCGAACCGACCAGGACAUCCCGCUCCCUCCAAGGAGAAGAGAGCUCCCUGCCUCGCUGACCACCAAUGGGAAGGCGGACUCCCUAAAUGGAGCUCGGAACUCAGUGAUGCAGGAACUCUCGGAGCUCGAGAAGCAGAUUCAGGUGAUCCGGCAGGAGCUGCAGCUGGCUGUGAGCAGGAAGACGGAGCUGGAAGAGUAUCAAAGGACGAACCGGACUUGUGAGUCCUAGCUGACCGCGCUGCUCCCCUUCCCGGUUCCCGGCAUUCCUCUGAGCCCUUGAGAUACUCUGUACUGCUCUUUUGUAAUUGCUGACAAAAGUGUAGGGAAGCGGAGGUCUAGGUCUCUCGUAGAGGUCAAGUCUGCCGGUCCUAGACUAAAAAUCAGCCAUAGCUCUUCCCAAGCGGACUCCCUAGCUCUGCAGGGUGGGGGUCUUUCAGAGCAGGAAUGUAAGUUAGUCAGGAGUGAACUCCAUGGCAAGGAUCUAUGAACGGCCCCGCAAAGCUGGCUCCUCCCGGGGUGCCGUGCUAGUAGUUCUGGGUCUCGGCCCUUUCUCUGCACUCUCACCAACGAGAGAGAAAAAUGAUACUCAAACCUGGUUUUAAUUUUAGGAUAGAACAGGAUUAUCCAGGGUUGUGGCUUUUGAAACAACUCCCACAACUAGAUUUGUUCCUACGUUCUGAACCAGGAGCCAGAGAAGAGCCAGAGGUGUGGGUACCUAAACAACCAAGCCAACUCAUUAGCAUACAGGAGACCAGGGAUUGACUGGAUCAUGCACGAGGGUCCCGUGUCUCCGACACCACCCUGACCAACAUUUAGUGGGAAGGGCUUACAUGCCACUGUGAAAGGGGACAGGGAUGUGGUGAGCGAGAACAGAGGACAGGCAGGAGAGGCAUUAAAAAUGUCCACCAUCUUGAAGAACAAAAGCUCUGGGCCAGAAAAACAAUUUGGCUAAGGAAGGAAUAGGACUAUACCUCUAAUCUAACUAAGCUUCUCACCUACAGAGUGUGCCUUUUGUAAAGGAAAGCAAAGCAGAGCAAGGACGCGGCCUUAGAUGACACUGGACCACCCCUGCUCAUUGCCCGUCCAGGGCUCCUGAGCUGGCACUGUGGGUUAAGUGAAAGGCUCUACAGACCACAUGCUAGCCCCUUUUCAGAUCAGCAGUUACCUCUUAGCUUUGGGAAUCCCUGAAGCAGACCUCCCCUGCAAACACCACAAGCUUUAACAUUUGGGAUAGUGCCCUGUGCAGUCCAUCUCUGUACAGGUAACUACCACACCAGCCUCCUCUCCCCACACCUACUCCUUCCCAAGGGGCUGUGACCAGGUGUGGUCCCCUCCCAUUCUCUCCCAGGCAUCUCUGUCCUGGGCGCAGUGGUGUGGACAUGCAUGCAGGAGGGAAAAGCCACAGGGAACUAUGGAACAGCAGUUCCCAGUGCUAGUGUAGAUGGGAAGCAUCUAGAAACCCAUUAGAAUGCUGACUGUCAGGGCCUUUUUCCCCAGAAGAUGGCAUGAGGUGGGGCAUCUGGCUCAGAAGCCUGUUAACCAGCUACCCCAGAUGACUGACAUGUGUGAUCUGAAAAUUACUCAAGAAACACUGCUCUAGAAGAAUGGCUGCCCUGGGCCUGGGGAGAAGUUAAGAGCUUUUUGAUAGGUUUUGACAUUUUAGCACACACCUGCUGAUUCACCUUCCGUACAGCCACUCCCACCCCUGAAAACCACUGAGGACAAGACUUCCUCAAUUAUCACUUAUUCUGCUCUGGCCUCAUCCGUUGUGAUGCCCACCAUGAAUCCACGGCACUGCCCCAACCACUGUGUUCUGUGACGGCUGCACAUGGUUGGAAAGGCUCCGCAGUCACAAAAUUUCCCCUGCAUUUCCACCAGGAGCUACCCAGUCCCCCAGGGAAAGACAACACCUUCAGCUGAAUUAGCUCACACUUUGGUUAGUUGUCCGAGAACCCUGGGGUGGAUGGAGGCCCAGAGAAACUGAUGGGGGAGGUGAGAAGCUUCUAGUUAGACUUCCUCAACUUUGCAGAUGGAACAGUGAGGGAACAGGGGGAGCCCUGGAAACAGAAAGGACAAUCCUGCUUUGAAAUGGCCUGUCCUCCCGUGUUCUCCCCCAGGCCCCGACCUAGAUCUGCAGCUGCCUUUGGAAGACGAUGCCUCGCAGCCACGCCCCCUCUGCAGCCGCUGAGUGCUCUGCCGGCCUGCUCUGCGCGGCCUGAGGUACUGAGGUAUGGGCGAAGCCCUCGACCGGACAGCCAGGCUCCUAAUGUACACGGACACUUUUCUAACGCAGCUCCUCCUGACUGUACUUGAGAAGCUGGCUAUUUAAAGGAACCCAGAGGUGAAUUCUUUUGUAAAGAAUCCUUUUGUAAUGCAAUUAACUACCCCUUAAUGUAUCUGUUUUGUAAGUUUGGAUUUUUGUAUAUUGGGUUUACCUUAAGCUUCUCUCCUGAGGCGCGCUGAGCAGGGGUGACCCGCCAGGCAGCCCUGCCUGCCCCCUCAGCAGCCGGCCAGUGCACGGCUGCCCCAGGAUCUUCUGAGGAGCUCCUCCGCCAAAAUCGUGGCCAGGGUGUGGCCCGCAGCAGCAGGAGCUGAAGCAGGCUUGCUGCCGGCAGCAUCGCUUGAAAUGCCUCCAUUUUCUGGAUGAAGAGAAACCGCCGAGUUGCUUGUGGUGGAACGAAGCAGUCUCAGGUGGCGGUGGUUGUCGUUACUGGUAGUAACUGAACAGUGUUUUGCAGUGUGUGAAACAGUGUGUUGUGUUUUAUAAAGAGAGUUCAUGAAAUGGUGGGUCCUUCGAAAACUCUUUCUGUUCUGCUCCACUUGUCCUUUCCGCUCCCCUCGGGCUCAAAAACCACAGAGGUCCAAGUCUUCAGGUGGAGGGUGGUGGUUUAGUGAGGAACAAAGAGGGAAGGGCUGCUCCCUCGCCGCCUCUUCUGGGCUCCUCUCUCAGGAGAUCAGGAAGGUCCAUCUUUUCCAAGCUCUGGUGCUGGGCAGCCAGACAACCCGAUUGUGUCGCACACCCCACCCCGUUUUCCAGGGGGACGUUCCUGGCAGAGGAAGCACAUAAUAAAAUAUGGCGGGGUAAGCAGGAACAGGCAGGCUACAUGCAUCUCGUACAUAAUAGUAAGGGCCCCAGAGUACAGACGCCUCAAGGUAGAGGACCAGCAAGGGGAUCCCUCAAUUAAAGACGAGUUGAAAAAACGGGACAGACAAGUGAGGCGGCCACAGGGACACAAUCAGUUGAGGUCUUUAACGUGCCUGGAGGUGACUCCAUUACUCAUGGAUCUUGCUGUUGCACAAACCCCAUGCAGGAGCUGCUGCUUCCGUACCCACCAGAGAAGUGGUCAGUGAAGCAACUGCCUAGUAAAACCCAGAGACAGGGCAGUGGGCUUCUCGGUGUUGGCCCUGGGCCUAGUAGGGCCUGGGAGCUAAUAAGCACUUCCUUGGUGUGGUAAAAGAAUGAAGGGAAAAGAAACUGCUUUAGAGCCUCUCUUCUUCCCACUCAUUUUUGAUAAGUAAAACCAGAAAAUCCAACCAGUCAUGGAAAGAGCUUGUGUUUUUGUCAUCAAAACCACCCCACUAGCUAUACCGUUGAGUUAUUCCUUUCUUCACCCACCUAUGCCAUCCACUUAAUGCAAGAGUCCCUCACUCUUUUUAGUUUAGUUCCCAAUCGUUUUAUGAAAACAAUGUACUUAGAAGUAUUUUCUUAAGGUUUGUAGAGUGUUUGCUUUGUGUCUUCAUUUUAACGUGUGUGCAAUCGCUCCAAUCCAGGAAGAGCGGAAAUGCUGUCUUGUGAGCAUGAAGUGAACAGGCUGUUUUGCUCCAGCCACUUUUCUCGUACAACCAUGUAGAUGGACUAGAUGUUCUCAGGUCUUUUCCAUCUUCAGUUUCUAUGACUGUGGAAUAAAUGUUCAGAUAGAAACUUCA